AUGCACUUCUUCACCCUCCUCCUCUUCCUUCUCCAAUUGGCCCAUGCCGCCCCUUACCCAACGUACACAUGUACCCAGGAAAUCACCAACACAUCCGCCAUCGCCGUAUCAUCAACCCUCCUCACCAUCUCAACCAGCACAUCCGCCAUCGCCGUCACAUCAACCCUAGCCCUCUCAACACCAACACCAACACCAACACCAACAUCGAUAGCUAGCCUCCCAGCUCCCACUGCCGGUGUCUACAUCUGUACCCUUGCAAACUUCACUGGCGCAUGCACACACCACCUCUCACCCGCCUCCUCCGCGCCCUCCGCCUGCGUCCAACUCGACGGCACAGCGUCGUCUGUCGGGCCCGAUAAGGGUUUUGAGUGCACCUUCUUUACGAAUGCAUUUUGCGACCGCGUGUUGAGCGAUGGGAGUGAUGCGUUUAGCGUGGGGUGGCCGGGGUAUAAAGAUUUAAAGGUGUUGGGGAGGCAGUGGGAUGAUGGGGUGAGAAGUUAUUAUUGUUUGGGGGAGGGGGCGGCGUGA